GAAAAUUCAUCUUCCAAGAAACUUGAAUAUAUUUUUUUUCAAGAUUCUUGUUGCUUUUCCUUUGUUUUAUUGGUAUACAAAGUGAAGCUUGAAUUUGAAAUGGUUCUAACUUUGCACGGUGGGAAUCGCAGCAUUCAGAAGUUGAGAUCUUUUCAUCACAAGUCGAAGAAAAUGUUUGAUAUUCCAGGGAAAAUUUUUUUGAGUGGGAUCCUAAAAAAUGAUGGGGAAGAUGGUCCAUUGGAGACAAAACAAGAAGUAGAAUCUGCAACAUUUGCUGUGGAAAAAUCUCCUGUCUCUAAAAUUCCAGAGACUGCUGCAGAGCCAACGUCAGCAAGUCCCAAGGAACGGCAACCACCAUCAGAUAUGGAUAUGAUGAAGGAAAAGUUUGGUAAGUUGCUUUUGGGAGAAGAUAUGUCAGGAGGAGGAAAGGGAGUUUCUUCUGCUUUGGCUUUGUCAAAUGCCAUCACAAACCUUGCUGCAUCAAUCUUUGGAGAAAUACACAAGUUGGAACCGAUGGCUCCAGAUAGGAGAACAAGGUGGAAGAAGGAAAUUGAUUGGCUUUUAUCUGUAACUGAUCACAUUGUUGAGUUUGUUCCUUCAAAACAGACAUCUAAGGAUGGCACAGACAUGGAAGUUAUGGUGACAAGACAAAGAAAGGAUCUGCUGAUAAACAUACCUGCAUUGAAAAAACUUGAUGCCAUGCUAAUUGAAACCCUUGACAACUUUGGAAGUGAGAAUAAGGAAUUCUGGUAUGUGAAGAAAAAUGCCAAUGAUUCGGAUAAUGAGAGCACCCAGAGCAGGCAAGAUGAUAAAUGGUGGCAUCCCGUUGCUAAGGUUCCUCCAAAUGGCCUAUCAGAGUCAUGCCGGAGAUGGCUGCAGUCUCAGAAGGACUCAGUGAACCAGGUUUUGAAAGCAGCCAUGGCCAUCAAUGCUCAGGUUUUGUCUGAAAUGGAUAUCCCUGAAAGCUACAUUGAGUCCCUCCCCAAGAAUGGAAGAGCAAGUCUUGGGGAAUCAAUUUACAAGAACAUCACAGUGGAAUACUUUGAUCCCGAGCAGUUCCUCUCAACCAUGGAUCUCUCCGCAGAACACAAAGUGCUUGACCUAAAAGACAGGAUUGAGGCUUCCAUUGUAAUCUGGAAGAGGAAGAUGCAUCAGAAGGAUAGUAGGUCUACAUGGGGUUCAGCUGUGAGCUUGGAAAAGAGGGAGCUCUUUGAAGAGAGGGCAGAAACUAUCUUACUCAUAAUAAAACAACGAUUUCCUGGAAUUUCUCAAUCUCAAUUGGACAUAUCUAAGAUCCAAUUCAACAAGGAUGUGGGACAGUCUAUUCUAGAGAGCUACUCAAGGAUACUAGAGACUUUAGCAUACACAGUUUUGUCCAGGAUUGAAGAUGUCCUUUAUGCAGAUGCUCAAGCUCAGAAAUCAUCAAAAUCUUCAUCUUCAGGGGAAUCUGAAGAAGAGGUGGAGAAGUUGAAUGCUUCAGGAUCACCAACUUCGAAGACACUAUUAGAUUUCAUGGGUUGGAAUAUUGAUGCAGCUAACUUCCCAAAAGAUCAGGAAUGCUACUGCAAAGGUGAAAAUGACACAAUGAUGGUCAAGCCCAAUGCCACCCCAAAGAAAGGUACAUAUCUAGAGAGGCUUGAAAACUGCAUGAGUGGAACGCGUAGUCCAAGUGGUCGCCAUUGAUGUCCAGCACAUAUAAGGGGAAGUAGAAGAGAGAAAAUGAAUGAGAGGGGGGGCAGAGAAAUGUAGACAGAAAAAUAAAGACUAGAAAAGCUUACCUUGUGUAAAUAUUCAACCUCAUGUAGGACAAACUUACAGUAAGUAGUUCUUAUGUGGUUCUUCCUUCCACCUUCUGGACAGGGAAGUGAGCAUUGAGGAUGAAUUAUUGGAUUGAGGCACUCUGGGAAGGUGCUAAUUUUCUAGCUAUAAUGAUCUGAUCUGCAAUUGAUUUUUGGCCUUCAAACAUGUAUUGAAACUUUAUUUUCAGUUUCCCUCCCAUAUUUCUGUUUUAUUUUGUUGUUUGUGGACACCCCUCUCUCUCCCCAAUUCUCAUAUCGUGACAUCUAUGUAUAACUUUCUAAUGAUUAUAAAGGAGCAUGCCUUUG